UUUGUUUUUGCAGAACUUACAUUUUGUUUUUGUCCCUUUGAAACGAAAGAAGAUCCAAAGAUGAGUGAAGAAGCAUAUGAAGAAACUCAGGAAUCAAGUCAAUCUCCUCGUCCGGUUCCAAAACUGAACGAGAGGAUUCUCUCAACACUAUCCAGGAGAUCUGUAGCUGCACAUCCAUGGCACGACCUUGAGAUUGGUCCUGAAGCUCCAUUGGUCUUCAAUGUGGUGGUUGAGAUCACAAAGGGAAGCAAAGUGAAAUAUGAACUCGACAAAAAGACCGGUCUUAUCAAGGUUGACCGGAUCUUGUACUCCUCCGUUGUUUAUCCACACAAUUACGGAUUCAUCCCACGGACAUUGUGUGAAGACAACGAUCCUCUUGAUGUCCUUGUCCUUAUGCAGGAACCAGUGCUUCCCGGAUGUUUCCUCCGUGCUAGAGCCAUUGGAUUAAUGCCCAUGAUUGAUCAGGGAGAGAAAGACGACAAAAUCAUAGCCGUAUGUGCUGAUGAUCCAGAGUACAAACAUUUCACAGACAUCAAACAACUCGCUCCUCAUCGUCUCCAAGAAAUCCGCCGUUUCUUCGAAGACUAUAAGAAGAACGAGAACAAGAAAGUGGCUGUCAACGAUUUCUUGCCAUCAGAGAGUGCACAUGAAGCUAUUCAGUACUCCAUGGAUCUAUACGCUGAGUAUAUUCUCCACACGUUGAGGAGAUGAACAACAACAACAACAUAUGAUUCUCUUCGCAGCAUCCGCAUAUAAAUAUAUUUAAAUGGAAUAUUAUUUUACAUAAUUCAUAACCAUAUGAUUGGCUUUUUGCAGUUUUUUGUUUUGUUUUGUUUUCUGUUUGUUUUUUUCCUUGUGAUGAUGCAAUUUUGUUCAAUUGUAUAAUUUGAAACUGGUAAGAUAUAAUGACAAACGCAGUUUUGCCUAAAUCUCCGAUUAUUACGUGAUGUUGAUUUUUCCACUAAUUGGCCUUAAGAAG